UCAGGGCGCCCGCGAAUCGCGGUCGUCGGGAGAGUGAGGCUCGCUUGCACUGUCCCCCGGCUGCCCCGCAUCUCGCAGGAGCCCGAGGGGCGCAGGGUCCGGGGCUGGGGCCGGCCGGGCGUGUUUAAUGGCUUCAUUGCGAAGAGUCAAAGUGCUGCUGGUGUUGAACUUGAUUGCGGUGGCCGGCUUCGUGAUCUUCCUGGCCAAGUGCCGGCCCAUCGCCGUGCGCAGCGGAGACACCUUCCACGAGAUUCGGCCGCGCGCCGAGCCGGCCAACCUCAGCGCGCACAGCGCCAGCCCCAUCCAGGAUGCGGUGCUGAAGCGCCUCUCGCUGCUGGAGGACAUCGUCUACAGGCAACUGAAUGGAUUGUCCAAAUCCCUUGGGCUCAUUGAAGGUUAUGGUGGACGGGGCAAAGGAGGCCUUCCUGCUACCCUUUCCCCAGAGGAAGAGGAAAAAGCAAAGGGUCCGCAUGAGAAAUACGGCUACAACUCCUACCUCAGUGAGAAAAUCUCACUGGAUCGCUCCAUCCCAGAUUACCGGCCUACCAAGUGUAAGGAGCUGAAGUAUUCCAAGGAGCUGCCCUCGAUAUCCAUCAUCUUCAUCUUUGUCAACGAGGCUCUGUCGGUGAUUCUGCGCUCCGUGCAUAGUGCUGUCAACCACACACCCACGCACCUGCUGAAGGAAAUCAUCCUGGUGGAUGACAACAGUGAUGAGGAGGAACUGAAGGCCCCCUUGGAAGAAUAUGUGCACAAGCGCUAUCCUGGGCUGGUGAAGGUGGUGCGCAAUCAGAAGAGAGAAGGUCUGAUCCGAGCACGCAUCGAGGGCUGGAAAGUGGCCACGGGCCAGGUCACUGGCUUCUUUGAUGCCCAUGUGGAAUUUACAGCUGGCUGGGCCGAACCAGUUCUUUCUCGAAUCCAGGAGAACCGGAAGCGAGUGAUCCUUCCCUCCAUCGACAACAUCAAACAGGACACCUUUGAGGUGCAGCGGUAUGAGAACUCAGCCCAUGGAUACAGCUGGGAGCUGUGGUGCAUGUACAUCAGCCCCCCAAAGGAUUGGUGGGAUGCAGGAGACCCUUCCCUUCCCAUCAGGACACCUGCUAUGAUUGGCUGCUCCUUCGUGGUCAACAGAAAGUUCUUUGGUGAAAUUGGUCUUCUGGACCCUGGGAUGGAUGUGUAUGGAGGAGAAAAUAUUGAACUUGGCAUCAAGGUGUGGCUCUGUGGGGGCAGCAUGGAAGUCCUGCCCUGUUCACGAGUGGCCCACAUUGAGCGGAAGAAGAAGCCCUACAAUAGCAACAUUGGUUUCUACACCAAGAGGAAUGCUCUCCGGGUAGCAGAGGUCUGGAUGGACGAUUAUAAAUCUCAUGUAUACAUAGCAUGGAAUCUGCCACUGGAGAAUCCCGGAAUCGACAUAGGUGAUGUCACUGAGAGAAAAGCACUACGGAAAAGUUUAAAAUGUAAGAAUUUCCAGUGGUAUCUGGAUCACGUUUACCCAGAAAUGAGAAGAUACAAUAACACCAUCGCAUAUGGGGAGCUUCGCAACAACAAGGCUAAGGAUGUCUGUCUGGACCAGGGGCCACUAGAGAAUCACACAGCAAUCUUGUACCCGUGUCAUGGCUGGGGACCCCAGCUUGCCCGCUACACUAAGGAAGGCUUCCUGCAUCUGGGGGCCCUUGGGACCACUACACUCCUGCCGGACACUCGCUGCCUGGUGGACAAUGCCAAGAGCCGACUACCCCAGCUCCUGGACUGUGACAAGGUCAAGAGCAGUCUGUCCAAGCGCUGGAACUUCAUCCAGAAUGGCGCCAUCAUGAACAAGGCCACAGGGCGCUGCCUGGAGGUGGAAAACCAUGGCCUAGCUGGCAUCGACCUCAUCCUCCGCAGCUGCACAGGGCAGAGGUGGACCAUCAAGAACUUCAUCAAGUAGCGGAGAAGCCUGGUCCUGUUCCAGCAGCAUUGGAAGAGCCAGUAGGGUGGGGGUUCAGCGGGUGCAUUGGGAGGGGUCUCAAAGCUUUCUAGGGUGGUGGGACUCUCUGGCUACAUCCUUAUUGAAUCACUCUGAGGGUCACUCUGAGUCUUGUGCCUCCUGGGAACAAUCUCGGAUCUUUGAGACCAGGUGCCACGCAGGCCUGGUACCCAGGAAAAUGGGGAGCUUCGACUUGCUCACACAGCCAACUUCACCAUUGGUGAUAACAGGAUCCCUCCUCAUCCUCGCCUUUUACAGCAGCAGCAUCUGGGUUCCUCUCCAGCCCUCAGCCAAACCAGUGACAUCCUACUUGCCCCUCCAUAGAGGAGGCAGUGAUACCCUGAGGCUCAGUUUCCCUUGAGAUUCUUUCUGCUUAGACCUUCGUUCAUUGCCCAAGGCUGCUGUCUCCAACCCUUUUCCAAGACUGUGGCCAUGAGUGGACAGCUCUGGACCAACCUCAGACACCACUAAGGAGCUGACACUCCAAAGGACAUCUGGUCACUGGGGGCUUGGGUUGCUGCUCUACUUGGGGUUCCGGAGAGCCAGGCAUGCAGAGUUUUCAGGGGAGACUGGGUGGCUGACUUGCGCAGGACAGGGAGUUCUGAGUCCUGGAGGCUGCCUGGGGGAGUAGCCAGGGGCCAGAGGCUUGGGGAUGCUUGUGUUUACACAUGUCACCCUUGUUCUACCAGCGGAAGGAGGCAGCUGAUUCCUCUCUGAGAAGUAAGAUGGUCCUGUUUGCACCUGUAAAUCAGAGUUCCCGUAUGGCUGUGUGUGCAUGCGCAUGAGUCUGCGUGCCCAGCAGGUGCAAAAUGUGUGUGUGCGUGAGCACAUGGUGCAUGUGUGUGCGAAUGCGUGACUGGUGAGCAGUGCUGGGAAAUGGACUUGGUCUCGCUACUUCAUUGCUCUGGGGGUUCAGGUCAAGGAUGUUGAGAGGCUGUGGGUGUGGCUGUCUGCCAUUGGCCAGAGGGUCUGGCUUAAUCUGGUCUUGAUUGGUGCCCAGUCGGAGGGCUGUCCCUUCUGCUGAUUUCCAUUCUUCCCUGGUGCAGUCCUGAACCCAGCCCUGUCCGGAACCCAGCUCUGUAGUUGUUCAGUUUGGACUCCCUCGUGUCUCUGUCGGUGGCAUCUUCUUGGCGUUCAUCCUACCCCAUCUGCCCUCUUGUGAAAUAAAUACCUGUGAGCACUUCCCUAA